AUGGAUGACCCAGAUGUAGCGCAAUUUCCACAGCGCACUCUCAAUGAAGGCUGUGGACUCUGCGGCAAGGAGACAGCACCGCUCUCUCGAUGCUCAAGUUGUAAAGUGAUAUACUACUGCUGUCAUGAUCAUCAAGAUGCCCACAGCGAAAGCCACGAGGGGACUUGCAAUAAAAUCAAGAAUGCCUACAACACAAUCCAAGAAGAAGAGCUCAAGCUUCGAGCCAUCAUGCAAGCGGCAGUGUUUGCAAAUGUAGUGGGCUCAUCUUAUCCAAGAGAUUUAAAUCGGCUGUACGUCAUUACUCAGCGCAAUCUGUUUCACGCUCUCGACGAUAUACAAACAAGAAGUGCAGUUCAAGCGAAAAUAAACAGCAUGAGAGAGGUCUUACGCUUAGAUCCCGGCGACAAUUUCCGAGUACGAUAUGUAGGAUCAUUCCUUAUGUUACGAAUAGGGCAACUUCAAGAAGCAUAUGAUUUUAUAAAGUAUUAUGCCAUUGCUGAAAGCAAACCUAACUACGACCUGAAAGAAGUAAGAGAGGGUUUUAGGAAGGAUCAAGAUGUAUUCGAGGACGUUCGACAUUUUUGUGUACCAUCAACGGAACUGUAUAACCUAGUUGCUCUUGCGAUACUCAAGUUCAAACUGUUACAGGAUCUCAGAGCCAUUGCCUUCGCCUCCGAAGUCACUUGUCAGGCUCUGCCAAUCGAACUUCGUCUUCAGAUCCAAGAAAUGGUUCCAUUUUCUCCUUUUAUCGCCAACAAUUCCAAGUUCACAGCGAAUCCGCGGUAUGCACUUGAACUCUCAAAUCGCAUGGCCGAGCAACUGUUGAAACUAGUCCGCGCAAUUCAUUAUCACAACGCAUAUUUUUUCAGCGCACUUCAAACACCCUAUCACGAUUUACUAUAUUACUCGGAGAAUGAUUGCGAGGGCUCAAGCGAGGUAUGGUACGCUCUUCAAGUAUUCUAUAAUACGUGGUGUGAGACCCCUGGGGCAGUUUCUUACAUUCUCAAAAUGUGGAUGACGUUUGGACCUGCUGAAACGGAGCUAUUGGCGCCAGUAAUACCGUAUGUACCAGUAGAGAAGAUGUCCUGGAUAAGGUCCCUUUUCCGCAAAUUAGACUCGAAACGCAAAUCUCGCCGUGCUAAAACUUAUCUCAAAGGACCUACUGGUGGUCCAUGUUACCGUUAA